UUAAGAAUAGUAAGAGCCUCAAUGAAUGCAUGUACAGAGGACCUUCGAUGCUUGAAGACUUGACCGCUCUCCUUUUGAGAUUCAGAGUCAACAAAAUUGGAAUAACAGCAGAUGUUGAAAAGGCCUUUCUUCAAGUAGGGUUACAACAGGAGGAUAGAGACGUGACCAGGUUUUUAUGGCUUAAAGACCCCAAACAAGGAGUGACUGAGAAGAACCUUCUCCAUCUGCGCUUCUGUCGUGUCCCGUUUGGGGUAAUAUCUAGCCCAUUUUUGUUGACGGCUACAAUUCGACAUCAUUUGUCAAAGGGGGACCAGAACCUUAUGUCGAAAAUAGCAGAAAGAACCUACGUGGACAACCUAGUCACUGGAACAGACACGUUAGAGGAAGCUCGUGAUCUUGUAAACAAGACUAGGGCGACGUUCACAGAAUUGUCGAUGAAUAUAAGAGAAUGGACAUCCAACAACAAACUAUUGUUGAAAAGUAUACCAAAACAGUUUCGAUCAAAAGACACUGAAUCAACAAAGGUAUUAGGACUCAACUGGCACAUGGGAAAGGAUACACUGAAGCUAAGGGUAGGUGAUGUGCUCUCAGACACAAAGCAAGACAAAACAACUACAACAAAACGAGGAAUAUUGCGAACUCUUGCUUCAUUAUAUGAUCCUUGCGGAUUAGCGGCACCCUUAAUUUUGCCUGCGAAGCUCCUCCUUCAAGAAUUAUGGAAAAGGAAAGAAAAAUGGGAUUCUCAAUUGCCAGAGGACUUAGAGGAAGAAUGGCAGAAGGCAGUAAGUGCUAUAAAGACUGCGGCUGAAAUAGAAAUUCCUAGACAUGUUGGCCUGUCACCAAAUGAAGACACAGAAUGUGAACUUCAUUGCUUCACUGAUGCAUCUAAAAGAGCCUACUCAGCUGUAGUAUAUCUGAGGUUAGUAAAUAAGAAAGAAAAGAGCACUAAAGUGAUGUUCAUCAUGGCUAAAUCUCGGGUUACCCCGAUAAACCACACAGAAGACCUCAAAAUACCAAAAUUAGAAUUACUUGGAUUUGUCAUCGGAAAGCGACUCUUAACUUAUGUAAAGAGCACCCUUAGAAUAGAGUUGAAACGACUAUGCCUUUGGUCCGACAGUGAGAUAGUUUUAUACUGGAUGAAAUCAGAAAAGUUAUUGCCGCCAUUCGUCUGCAGAAGAAUAAACGAAAUUAAACAAAAUAAAGAUAUAGAGCCUAGAUAUGUCAAUACAGAAUUGAACCCUGCAGAUCUAGCAACACGACCGGAACUUUGGCACACGAAGAAGGAAUUGUGGUUCAAUGGACCUCAAUUUCUUUCGCUGAGUGAGGAGGGCUGGCCGAAGUUGCAAGAACACAGCCAGUCAGCUCUUUUCGCAGGAACCGAUUCGACAACGGAUACCAUGGAGAUGGACCUAUCAUCUCAAGCAGAAGAAUCAAUCGGAGGAACCAUAGAACAGGAAAAUACGGAAGGAAUGACAAUACAUAUAGAGAAUAUAGAAGACAAUGGCCAGAUGCAGGUUUCGGCUACCGGGGUUGAUACAAAUUGCACAGAGAUAAAGAAUUUACAAAAAUUAUACUUUCCACAAGAGGCAGCAGGAAAGAAAACAAGCCUAUCAAGGAAUUUAGGACUAUUUGUGGAUAUGGAUGGAUUAUUAAGAUGUAAAGGUCGGCUUAUGAACACAAUGUGUUCAUAUGACACCAAAUAUCCGAUACUGAUACCUAAGAACUCAGAAUUUACAGACAGACUGAUCCUGGAGACUCAUCAGAAGUACUACCAUGUGGGAGCCCCACAUACACUAAGCAUUAUUCGCCAGAAAUACUGGAUUCCUCAAGGAAGAGCUAAGGUCCAGCGAAUAAUUAGAAAAUGCCAGCAGUGUAUUAAACACGGAGGUGGUCCCUACAAACUUCCGCCCACACCAGCACUGCCAGCAGAACGUGCUAAUUAUAGUGCUCCUUUCACAUAUACCGGAAUCGACUAUUUCGGGCCAAUCUUUGUCACGGAGGACGGACACAUGAGAAAAAGAUGGAUUUGUCUGUAUACAUGUCUGGCUGUACGCGCAAUUCACAUGGAAGUAGUUAAGGAUUUAACUGCAGAGGAAUGUUUACUUGCAAUGAGAAGAUUCAUAUCUACACGAGGAAAACCAGAACUCAUAGUCUCGGACAAUGCAUUACAGUUUAAAUUAACUGCAGAAUUAUUGACGAACACAUACUUCGUGGACAAUAAGAUAAGGUGGAAAUUUAUCCCUCAGCUCAGUCCAUGGCAUGGAGGGUUUUAUGAAAGGCUGGUCGGCGUUGUGAAGAAUUGCAUGAAGAGAACCUUAGAGAAGAGAGUUCUAAAUGACUCACAGCUAGGUACAGUUGUGAAAGAAAUCGAAGCUGUGGCGAACUCACGUCCACUUACUUGUGUUGGGUCUGAUAUAGAAUAUGUUUUACGGCCGGCAGACUUUCUAACCUACGGGAAAUGUAUAGCGAUUGAACCUUCUAUACAAAAUCCUCAUCCAGGUGGUACAGUCACAAAAGAAAAUCUAAUUGAAGGAUGGAAGAAGGGUAGAGUGAUCCUAGAAGAAUUUAAAAGAAUGUUUCUGGGACAAUACCUUUGCAGUCUACGUGAAAGGUACCAACAUUCACACAAGGAACCCCGAGUUAAAACUAACCAAAGCCCUCAUAUUGGUGACAUAGUCCAGAUUAAAGGUGACUCUAAAAAUAGAGAGAACUGGAAGGUGGGAAAGAUCAUCAGUUUAGAACGAGGUGCCGACGGAGAGUGCAGAGUUGCAAAGGUCAAUGUUGAAGGAAAGGAAUUUAUAAGGUCGAUAGGUCACUUAUAUCCACUAGAGGUGGAAGAAGAUACACUAGAAGAUCCAAGAACCGAAGAAAGAAUCCUAGAAAAUCCAGAUGUAAGGGAGACAGAGGAAUCUUCACUACAGGAAAUCCCAGAGAUAUCUGAAAGAGAAACCAGAUGUCCUGAAAGGGAAUCAACAGAACAGAUGCCACAAGAAAUUGCAGUAGAGGAUGAUGUUAGAUUGGAAACCAAUGGUUCAGACGAAAUGCUCACUCCCGUAGAACGUGUGCAGAGAAAUGGCAGUGUUGAGCGUGCUAACGUGGUGACUGAAGGUGACGAAGAGGUAGAGAGAGUAGAAACUGUGUCAAAUGCGAAUGAAGAAAGAAUUAGGAGAGCAGCUGCUGUCCGGGCGAGAGAAAGGAUUGCCCAAUGGACUAGCCAGCUGAUAGCCCUGCUAUAGAAACUCGCGCCGCUGGGGAAUGUCGCGACGUACGCGAUCCUCAACAAAAUAGCAGUAGGAGGAAGAAGAGAUUUUUUCCCCAACGGAACAAUGUUCGCGUGGCGGGAAGUAAGUUGAAUAGAAAGAAAGAAGACCUGCGGGUUUAAAUCGGUGAGUGUUAGAAAUAUAGUCUCAUCUGUGAUUGUAUUAGAGAGAUGAAGGGAUAAUUAAGAAUGAAGAAUGAGAAUUAGAAUAGAAACAGCCAAGAAUAAGCCAAAUGGUUGUGAGUGGACAGGGUCGGGCUAUAAGGGGAGUUGUGGAGGCCCGCGGCGGAGAAAGAAUCUCCGCCAAACAAUCAGAAUAGAAUUUACGUUGUAUCAGAAUCUAAAAUGAGUAUAAAUUUGGAAAUCACUUCAUCUCUCACUCUGUAGUAUUAUGUUGUAUAUUUUCAGAUAUAUAUCUUGUCGUUAUGUCUCGUUAGAACUCAGGCAUGGUUGAUACUUUGGUUGUCAACCUUGCAUAUGUAUAGACGUCACG